UAAAACAAAAAUGCCCCAACCACUAACAAAAUCCUGCCUCAGUGCUCAUGACCAACAAGUCUUGGAAUCGAUAUUCAAUCCAUUGGAAUUGACAUCAACACUAGCACCACAGCUCAUUAAUGCCGAUUCCAGUGAAGUAUUGGUGGACGCAGAUGAUUAUGCGGAAUCCAAAGAGGUGGUAGAAAAAUCGAAACUCUUGGAAAUUGAAGCUGUCAAAUUGGUAGAAGAAAAUCAUUCGGAUGCGGUGGCAUUCGAGAAAUUUAAAGAAGCCUUAGAAUUAACCCCCAAACGUGCAUCAAUUUAUAAUAACAGAGCGCAGGCGUUGCGCUUAGCUGGCAAAGAUGAUGAUGCCUUUGCCGAUCUCAACAAGGCCAUUGAAUAUGGUGCCACCCAACAUAAAACGAAAUGCCAUGCACUGUGUCAACGUGGUGUACUUUAUCGCAAAAUGGACAAACUUGAUGAUGCCCGACGUGAUUUUGAGGAGGCAGCGAAAAUGGGUAGCAAAUUUGCCAAGACACAAUUGGUGGAAAUUAAUCCAUUCGCAGCACUGUGCAAUCAAAUGUUGCGACAGGCAUUUGAUCAAUUGAAAUAG